AUGCAGAAACUCCCAUCUGAUAUGAUGGACGAAAUUUCUGAUGUCCUCUCCGAUUUGCGCGAGCAUGAACCGUACGAUCACUUAAAGGAAGCAAUCCUCAAGCGAACCGGACGUUCCGAGGAAGAUAUGAUCCAAGAGAUACUGCGGAACGUCACUAGAGGCGACAAAACGCCAUCCCAGCUUCUCAGAUAUAUGAGGAACCAGCUGGGAAAGCACGCAAUAUCAGAAAAGGUUCUUCGAGCGAAGCACGAACGCUACGAGCCUAGUAAAACGGAACGGGCGUUGGCCGACCUUCAACGGCAAAUUCAGGGAGCUUGCGCCCGCGGACGAGGACAUCGACCCCAUCUCGACGGAGACGAACCCCCAGCCGAGAACGGCGAAGCGACCAGGGUGUUUGUUGGUUUCAUCGCACAUUCGGCGAUGAGGCCAGGAAUUGUAAACCUCCUGUACACACCCGUCGGCCCGGGGAAACGAAUAAACCGGAGAGUCGCGACGACUAACUCUUCCGGUGCCAACACGCAAUGUCGUCUAUUUUACGUUUGGGAUCGACGGAACAAGUUGAAAUUCCUGGUGGACACAGGUGCGGCCAUCAGCGUGGUACCCCUUCAGAACGACCACACCGCUAAGCCCACCCUGAUCAAACUACGAGCAGCGAAUGGUUCCGCGAUAGACACGUACGGAGAAAGGACCCUUACUUUGAAUAUCGGCAUGCGACGCGAUUUCACUUGGACAUUUACCGUGGCCAACGUGAAGGUACCCAUCCUCGGCGCGGAUUUCCUGGCGCAUUACGCACUGGCGGUCCAUAUGAACCCUAGGACUCUGUCCGAUACGACGACGAAUCUCCGUUUCACGGAUAUAACGCUGCCACUCCAAGUAACGGCUUCAGGUGACCAUCAGACUCAGCACCACAUCAGAACCCGAGGUCCUCCGCACACUCCCAUCCGCGACGACUCGCUCCGCACAAACUGGCGAGUUCCUGCAUCCUUCAGCGACGACACCCUGUACUGUGACACCAGCCUAGCAAGCCCCUGGGCCCUACAUCCCACCGACACCGGAGACAGGUAUUCAACAUUUCCACGGGCUGUCUCAUCCAAACGUUUUCAAAACCAACAUCUCCUUUCGUCGAGGAACUCCGCCACAAAAUGGCCCGGCUUAAAUAUGCAACUCCCGACAGCAACCGGUGAAUUCGUACAUCCCUCAACACUUGCGAGAUUGCAAAUUCGUUUUCGUACGGAACGACGCCGUGAGACGACCACUCACGCCGGCAUGCAAGGUCCUUUUCAGGUUCUUCGACGCACCGACAAGCACCUUACGAUCAAGCGCGCUCGAACUCGACCGACACCAUCGCAAUCGAUCGGACCAAGCCUGCUUUUCUGGAGAAGCGACAGUAUGACGCAAACCCGGCUCUGCGGCCCCCUAAUGCUAUUCCAGCGCACCCAUCAGACGCAGCACCGCAGACAUCAAACGACACCCAGCGACUCCUGUGACCGGCAGACCCGAUCGGUAGGAACUUUCCUAAAGACCUUCGUAAAUAUUGUUUUACGAUCAAUUUUUAGGGAAGGGCCUUGUCGCGGUCGCCGAUUAUCCGCUCCUUACAAAGCCGACCUUGACCUUCACAACUCUCGAUCUCGCAGAUCUAGUAACACUAAAAUCUAUCUAUCUAUCUAUCUAUCUAUCUAUCUAUCUAUCUAUCUAUCAGAAUCUGGUCCUUAUCUAUCUAUCUAUCUAUCUAUCUAUCAAAAUCUGAUGUUCGCAUCCGUCUUAUUAUCGUCAGUCUAUCCAUCUUUCUAUCUAAUUGUGUAUUUUGUCACAUCUAUCUUCUUAACCGCUAUCCAUUACUCCACCGUGCCUCCUUAUCUAUCUAUCUAUCUAUCUAUCUAUCUAUCUAUCUAUCUAUUUAUUACAUGCUAUUUGCGAAUUUUGAUGUUUUAUAUCUAUCUAUCUAUCUAUCUAUCUCAGUCUGCUCCUAUCUAUCAAUCUAUCUAUCUAUCUAUCUAUCUAUCUAUCUAUCUAUCUAUCUAUCUCAGUCUAUCCUAUCUAUCUAUCUAUCUAUCUAUCUAUCUAUCUAUCUAUCUAUCUAUCUAUGAGUCUAUUCACUAUCUAUCUCUUCAAUGUUUUUGUUUGUUUGCUUCUUUCUUUCUUUCUUUCUUUCUUUCUUUCUUUCUUUCUUUCUUUCUUUCUUUCUACAUCUUUUUCUCUGUCUGCCUAAUAGCUGUUCUUUUUCUUUCCUUUAUUUUUCUUUCUUUCUUUCUUUCUUUCUUUCUUUCUUUCUUUCUUUCUUCCCUCUUUAAUGUUUCUGUUUCUUUCUUUCUUUCUUUCUUUCUUUCUUUCUUUCUUUCUUUCUUUCUUUCUAAUAACUAUUCGUUUCUGUUCUUUUUCUUUCCUUUACCUUUCUUUCUUUCUUUCUUUCUUUCUUUAUACAUCUUUUUCUCCGCCUGCCUAAUAACUAAUCAUUUCUUUCUUUCUUUCUUUCUUUCUUUCUUUCUUUCUUUCUUUCUUCCCUCUUUAAUGUUUCUGUUUCUUUCUUUCUUUCUUUCUUUCUUUCUUUCUUUCUUUCUUUCUCUGCUGAAUAACUAUUCUAUUUCUUUCCUUUUUCUCUCUUCCUUCCUUCCUUUCUUCCUUCCUUCCUUCCUUCCUUCCUUCCUUCCUUCAUUCCUUCCUUCCUUCCUUCCUUCCUUUUUGCAUCUUUUUCUCUGUCUGUCUAAUAACUCUUCUAUCACUUUAUUUUUGUAA